GCAGUUUAGUGGAUUGUGUAUCAUUCGAUUUGUGUUCGCAAUUUACGCAAUUCUUCUUGAACAAUGCAACGUAUUGUUUAACGGCUGUGUUCGCGUGGAAGAUCCGGUCGUUUCGUGCUAAAUAUUUGCUCAAGAAAAGUGUGGGGUAUUUGUAAAGAAUUAGAUACAUUUUCCAUCGGCAAGUAGAUUGUUUGUUUUCGCAAAAUGCAUCUUUUGUUCCUACGUCACAAACCCAUUCUUUCGUUGACGUCUCACCGAGCGACCUGUCAAAGUGAUCAACGUGCAACAAACAGUGUUUACCAUAGCAAAAGUGUUACUAUUGGGAGAAAAAUACGAAAAUUCUGUAGUAAAAGUGGCCCAAUAUGCCUCUUAUUGUCAUCACCGGCUUACCGCGCAGUGGGAAAACAACCCGUGCAAAAGAGCUGGAAACAUAUUUUACCGAAAACGGUAAAGGGCCCGUCCACAUUGUGUCUGAGGCGGACUGUAUUGUACGGUCCGGGUACGGUGUAAACGAAAGUAUUACCGAUACGACGAAGGAAAAACAAAUUCGAGCCAGCCUGAAGUCGGAAGCUAUGAAACUACUAUCCAAAACAUCGCUGGUCAUUAUGGAUGGCACAAACUACAUUAAAGGAUAUCGGUACGAAAUUUUCUGCAUGAGCAAAAACGCUCGUACGACCCAAUGUACGGUACAUUGUGCCAUGACUGUUGAGCAGCGGGAAGCACGCAGAAGUGAAAUAAUACAAAACUCAGCUACCAGUGGGAGUGAUUUAAAUGCCGACACGUUCGAUGCCCUUUGUCUACGGUACGAGGAACCGCAAGACAGCAGCCGUUGGGAUCGUCCCCUGUUUACCGUGUACGGCGAGGAAGAGCUCAACCUUUCGCAGAUCAACAGCGCUUUAUACGACCAGGCACCGUUGCCACCGAAUUUAGCAACACAAAAUAUGCCACUAAGUGCAACGAACUUUCUGUUUGAACUGGAUAAAACGACACAGACAAUCAUCGAUCAGAUUGCUUCCGCUAGGAAAAUUGGCCUCGACGGACCGGUAGAAAUUCCACAGGCAGGAAUGCGUGCUGAAGUGCCAGCUAAUAUGAGCGUAGCGCAAUUAAAUCGUCAUCGAAGACAGUUUUUGAAUUACGUUAAAAUGCAUACGAACGUUAGCUCAGAUAUUAGUAAAAUACCAGCAAUUUUUGUACAGUUUCUCAAUACCAAUACAAAUGGCGCUUAAAUCAGCGUUUGGAAAAUUAACAGUUGCGUUUCUUUUAUUUGAUUGUAAUUUUGCUUUCUUUAUCAGAACUGCAGUUUGAUUCUUCUUUUUCGGAUAGCGCCA